AUGACUACUACUACUUCUAAACCUGAAAAGACUGUUUGUGUCUUCUGUGGUUCAUCAUUUGGAAAUAAAGCUAGUUAUGCCGAAGAAGCUACUGAAUUAGGUAAUCAAUUAGCCCUUAAGAAUUGGGGUUUAGUAUAUGGAGGAGGAUCAACUGGGAUAAUGGGGGCAGUAGCCAGAGGUUGUGCUACUAGUGGAGGGUAUGUUCAUGGUAUUAUACCAGAAGCAUUAAUUUCGAGAGAAAGAACUACUGAAACUGAAUUAAAUACAAAAUUAAAAGAAUCAAUUGAUAAUCAUGAUGGAUCAACUCCAAUUCCUGAUUCCAAAGAAUAUGGAAAAACUACUUUGGUUAAAGAUAUGCAUACUAGAAAAAGAUUAAUGGGAGAAGAAUCUGAUGCAUUUGUAGCAUUACCAGGUGGUUAUGGUACAUUAGAAGAAUUAAUGGAAGUUGUAACUUGGUUUCAAUUAAAUAUUCAUAAUAAACCCAUUGUGAUUUUUAAUAUUGAUGGAUUUUAUGAUAAUUUCUUAAAAUUCAUUCAAGAUUCAAUUGAUAAUGAAUUUGUUUCGAUUAAAAAUGGAGAUAUUAUUAAAGUUGCAACUACUGUUGAAGGUGUAUUUAAAGCUAUUGAAGAUUAUAAAAUCCCAGAAGGUAGAUUCAACUUAAAAUGGGAUUCCACUUAG